AUACAUAACAUCACAAGCAAACCACACAUCUUUUGUCUAGUGUGAUGUUAUGUUAACCUCGGUGUUUAUAUAUAUUUCUGCUAGGUCAAAAAAAUUAAUUAAUUAUUUUACUCUACGACCAAUGCAGAUCCCAGUAGCAUGCAGAGCUUCUAGUCCAGUUUCUCUUUUGCUGGAGAAAUCUCAGAGCUUAACAUAGAAAUUUGCCGGAGAUGUUCAUCAAAAUCGAGUAGAUUCCGAUCUUCGAUCACAUGUUGUGCAGCACUGUUUGCGUCAUCCCAGUUAUCUAGAAGACAAAGCCAUGUUGCAAGCCACCCGACGGGAAUUGUGCGCUCAGGCGCGUCGCUUGUACUCGAAAAUGAGCAGCGAUGUUGUUGUUGUGGCCGCAGCUCGAACACCAAUCGGCAGUUUCCAGAGCCAACUGGCUCCACUGACCGCCACCCAGCUGGGUGCCACGGCCAUUGAGGCGGCCAUCGAGCGGGCGGGCAUUGGCAAGACGGAUGUGAAUGAGGUGAUCAUGGGCAAUGUGGUCUCAGCCGGCCUGGGACAGGCGCCCGCCCGUCAGGCGGCCAUCUUUGCGGGUCUGCCGACAAACGUCUGCUGCACCACGGUUAACAAGGUAUGCUCGUCGGGCAUGAAGGCGGUGAUGUUGGGCGCCCAGUCGGUGAUGCUAGGCCAGUCCGAUGUUGUCGUCGCCGGCGGCAUGGAGUCCAUGUCGAAUGUGCCAUUCUAUUUGAAACGUGGCGCCACACCGUAUGGCGGGAUCAAUUUGAUCGAUGGCAUCGUACACGACGGCCUCUGGGAUGUGUACAACAAGUUUCACAUGGGCAACUGUGCUGAGAAUACAGCCAAGAAGAUGCAGGUUAGCCGCCAGGAGCAGGAUGCCUUUGCCAUCGAAUCGUACAAACGAUCAGCGAAAGCCUGGAGCGAUAAGAUCUUUGAUCCGGAGAUAGCACCGGUCAAGAUUCAGUUAAAACGCAAACCGGAGGUGCUCGUUACCGAGGAUGAGGAAUACAAGCGGGUGAAUUUCGAUAAGUUUGGCAAACUGGCGACGGUGUUCCAGCGUGAGAAUGGCACAGUCACCGCUGGCAAUGCAUCCACACUCAACGAUGGCGGCGCCGCUGUCGUCCUCAUGAGCGCCGAUGCCGCGCAGCGUGCGGGCCUGAAGCCCUUGGCACGGAUUGUCGCCUUUCAGGAUGCGGAAACGGAUCCUAUCGAUUUUCCAAUUGCACCCGCAUUCGCUGUACCCAAGCUGUUGGAGCGUGCUGGUGUCCGCAAGGAGGAUGUCGCCAUGUGGGAGAUCAAUGAGGCAUUUUCACUGGUUGUGCUCGCCAACAUACGCAAAAUGGACCUUGAUCCAUCCAAGGUGAAUGUCCAUGGUGGCGCCGUUUCCAUCGGCCAUCCGAUCGGUAUGUCCGGUGCCCGACUCGUCACCCAUUUGGCACAUACCCUGCAAGCGGGUCAACUUGGAUGCGCAUCCAUUUGCAACGGAGGCGGUGGCGCUUCCUCCAUUCUCAUCCAAAAGCUAUAAAACCCUUAAGCAACAACAACAAAAAUCUUUGAAGCCAGCAUUGCAUUUACAUAAAACAUGUCAAAUUCGAAUCGAUUACAUCACUGCAAUCGAUUCAUUUUUAUUGACUCCUUUUAGGCAUUUCAAUCGGAAAUGUGUUGUAUUUUUUUUAUAGCAUUUAAUUGAAAAUUGUGAGUUUGCAUAAUAAAAUUAUGAAUGAAAAGCACAUGUGAUGAAGCCUUGAAAA